UUAUUGAUUGGUAACCUUUAUUUUCAUAAGCCCAUUAUUGUAAUUAAGUCCAAUUUAUUAUUUGUUGAUUUAGACAAAAAGAAAAGAGUAAAUGGGGUUACAUUACAAUUGCACCGCUAGGGCCCAGCCCAAUAGGAAACCUAGACUAUUCAUAUUUAACAAAUUCUCACACGAAUCAUUUCCCACGUGCCAAAAUCUGACAAGUGAAAAGACUAUUAAGGACAACCCCCAAUACCUCUCUGUUUCGAUCUUUGGGAAAUUUUUCAAAACCCUUGAUUUUUGCCAUAAACCCUGAGGAUUUCCUUUUCAAAUUUCAACACAAAUCUAUCCAGCAAUCAUCACUUGAACAAGGUAAUUUCACUCUUCUUCUUCAUCAUCAACAAUCGAUUCCUCUCUUUAAAGUUCACGGCACGUGAUGCGCAGUUUCUCUGUUUAAUGGGAAGUUUUCAAUUUCUUCAACUCGACGAACUCGAACACAUUCUGCAUCUGUCUGGUUCUAAUUCUGUCGAUUCGUUAGCAUUUUGUGCUGUUGAUGAAUUGCCAGUAUAAUGGGUUUUCCCCAAUUUUUAUUGCUCUUUUGCCAUGUUCUCUGUAGCUCUUUCCACUCCCAGAAUUUUCAAUCGAUUUUCGUGUCUUUGUGUUGUUUCUCGCACUUUCUGCGGUCGUAUAUUUAACAACAGCGAUGAUGUCGAAAAUGGGUUUGGGCGGAUUGAGGAUUUUCUCAACGAAUCAUGGAAAAGUUCGAAUCUUGAUAACAAUACAUCCACUUUGUACGAUUCGCUUGGUUCUUCUGGAAAUUACUCCUCAAGGGAGGGUUUUAUCGAUGAGGUGAAAAUUGAUGUCGAACGAAUUCUCGAAGUACUUCAUCAAGACGGUCCUGGUUUCGACCCAAAACCGGUCCUAACCAAUCUAGGACUGAGAAUUUCAGGUCUUCUUGUAAGAGAAGUCCUCUUUGGUAUUUUAAAGACGGUCAAUUACGCCAACAAAAACCGAUGCGCAAAGCUGGGGUACAAAUUCUUUGUCUGGUCGGGCGAACAGGAAAAUUACAAGCACACGACGAAUGCCUACCAUAUGAUGAUGAAAAUCUUCGCUGAAUCCGAAGAAUUCAAAGCAAUGUGGAGGUUAGUAGAUGAAAUGACCGAAAAAGGUUACCCUAUAACCGCGAGAACUUUCAACAUGUUGAUAUGCACCUGUGGUGGGGCCGGACUAGCAAGAAAAGUUGUGGAGAGGUUUAUCAAGUCCAAGACUUUCAAUUACAGGCCGUUCAAACAUUCGUUCAACGCAAUUCUGCACUCCCUUUUGACGCUCAAUCAUUACAGACUGAUCGAGUGGGUGUAUCAGCAAAUGCUGGCUAAAGGCCACCCACCCGAUAUAUUAACCUAUAAUAUUAUCAUGUGCGCAAAAUUCCGCCUCGGAAAACUCGACCACUUCCAUGGGUUACUCGACGAAAUGGGGCGAACCGGUUUUUCGCCGGAUUUUCAUACAUUCAAUCUCCUCCUCCACGUUCUUGGCAAAGGCGACAAGCCAUUAGCAGCGUUGAAGCUCAUGAAUCACAUGAAGGAAAUAGGAAUCGACCCGAGUGUUCUUCAUUACACGACGUUAAUCGAUGGGCUGAGUAGGGCAGGCAACUUGGAAGCUUGUCGGUAUUUCUUCGAUGAAAUGAUAAAUCAAGGGUUUGUGCCCGAUGUGGUGAGUUACACUGUGAUGAUAACAGGUCAUGUUGUGGCGGGAAAAUUCGAUACGGCGAGGGAGAUUUUCUCGGAGAUGAUUGAAAGGGGACAGUUGCCGAAUGUGUUUACGUACAAUUCGAUGAUUAGGGGGCUUUGUAUGGAUGGGAAAUUCGAGGAUGCUUGGUUGAUGUUGAAGGAAAUGGAGUCGAAGGGGUGUAAUCCGAAUUUUCUUGUGUACACUACCUUAGUGGGGUAUUUAAGGAACGCGGGGAAACUGCCCGAAGCGCAUGAGGUUAUAAAGCACAUGGUCGAAAAGGGGCAGUACACUCAUUUGCUGUCGAAAAUUAAAAGAUAUAGGAGAUGCUAAUUAAAGGAGGUGGAGUAUGUACUUUCUGAAGCCAUGUUGUAAGUCUUCGAUUAAAUCCUCGUUUUUUGAGCGAGAUAUAAAUUUUGCGGAUUCUUGAUUAUGAUUGUGUUGCGUUAGCUUCGUUUUUGUAGCGAGUAUGUUUCUCUUUUAAUGUGGCAUUUUUGAGUGGCAAAUGUUAUUAUGCAGUUCGGUUCGUUUCGUUUAUGUUGCUGCGAAUUAUGUCGAAAGGAAGGAGUUGCUGCAAAUGGUUUAAUUUAAAAUUUGAUUGCCACGUAAUUUGCUGCUA